AUGCGUUUGAAGGCGGCCCUCGUGUUCACGUUCUUUGAAACUGUUUCUUGCCUGCAGUUAUUGGAUGAAUGCAUGCCGAAGAAGCGCUUGGAAACAUACAUAAAAGGCAGUGAGAUGAAGCUCAGAGUCUGGGUUCCAGUGAUCGGUGACGCCACUUUUCUCACACUGAUCUCUAAGAAUGACCGGACGGGGAUGUCAAGAAAAAUCGAGAUUAAGAAAAACGUAGCAACUGUACAGACUAAAGAUGAAGACACUGUCAGCCCAGAACAAGAACUGCCGAUACAAAAUAACAGCCUUCCUCAUGGCUGGGUAAAUUUCAUGGUCACUUCAAAUGAAAACUUCAAGGUAACUGUUCCGGACGUCAAGCUAACUCUCGUAGAUAUAGAAGAUGAUGUUCAAGGCAAAGACAUAAUAAUCAAAGGAAGCAAUGUGACACUAAACUGCAUGUUACGUAAGUAGUUAAGCUGUAAAUAAGCAUAGUCUUUGUGUGCAUUUUU